AAAUUUACGCAUAAUUACUGAACAGUUCUGUUAAAACUAUACAGUGAAUACAUUUCAACCUAACUGAAGGUAAUCAUGGCGUCGCAUAAAAUCAUGCGAAAAAUAAUAACGUCUUCACUGAGCCCAAAACCCGUUGGCCCAUACAACCAAGCAGUACUUGUCGAUCGUACUGUGUAUUUAUCCGGAGUUCUCGGUAUGGAUAUUAAAAGUCAGAAACUCGUCGAAGGAGGUGCUGCUGCUGAAGCGCGCCAAGCUCUUAUAAAUAUGGGACAUAUUUUGAAAGAAGCUGGAUCCGGUUAUGAUAAAGUGGUCAAGACAACAAUUUUGUUAAACAAUAUCAAUGAUUUCGCUGGUAUAAAUGAAGUUUACAAAGAAUUUUUCACGGAAAACUACCCAGCCCGAUCAACAUAUCAAGUUGGAAAGUUACCUAUGGGGGCACAGAUUGAAAUUGAAGCUAUUGCUGUUACUGGUGAAGUAGAAACAACUUCGAUGUUAUAAAUUAAGAUUAUUGUGUGAAAGUUUUGUAUAUUAAAAGACCAUAUUUGAAUGUAUAUUUAAAAUUUGUAAUAUUAUAUUAAAUAUGGAUUCUUUAUUGUUUGUUUACUCGAAAUAUCUAACCUAUACAUAACGCGU